GAAGAACAAUGAAGCAGAGGACCGACACGGCCACUCAGUCGGACAGAAACCCCUAAAACCCCUAACAACCCACAAAACCCCUCCAAGUAUGCUUCCAUUGUAGAAACUAGAAACUUAACUGCGGAAAAUGCCACUUUCUGUGAAGCCUUAAACACAGAGAGAGUGGAAGAAGAAUAAGAAGAAUAGGAAUAAGAAGAAGAAAGAAGAAGAAGUACAAGAUGCAAGAAGAGCAGGAAGGACCGCCCAAUAGGGAGCUUUAUGCACUGCUUCAUAUCUCGCCGGAAGCCUCUGAUGAGGAAAUCCGAAAAGCUUAUCGGCAAUGGGCCCAAGUUUAUCACCCUGAUAAAUAUCAAGCUCUCCAUAUGAAAGAUAUUGCCACGGAAAACUUCCAGCGGAUAUGUGAAGCCUAUGAGAUAUUAUCAGAUGAGAAUAAAAGGCAAAUAUAUGACAUUUAUGGUAUGGAAGGAUUGACUUCUGGCUUGGAACUUGGUCCAAAGCUGAACAAAGCAGAUGAGAUAAAGGAACAGCUUGAGAGAUUAAAGAAAAGGAAGGAAGAAGAAAAGAUUUUUGCACAUUUCCGACCUUCUGGUACAAUUCUGGCCAAUAUGUCUUUGCCAGACUUUCUACGCGGUGAUGGCUUCAUGAGAGGAAUGGCUAUGUCAAGUGAAGUUCAAUCUAAGAUAUCAAAGCUCGAUACUCUUGCAAUUGCUGGAAAUUUGGAAGUUAAAGGAAAUUCUGGUGGUGGAGCUGCUACUGCUGUGUUUAGACAUCAGCUUUCUUCAGUUUCUUCCAUUGAGUUAAUGGCUUCUGCUGGUUUACAUGCACUAGUUGGGGUUCAGGCAUCUCGUCACACAUCUUUACACUCGACUGCAACAAUGGGGAUUGCUAUGUCUUUGAGAGAUGGGUCACUGAAUCUUUCCAAUUCCUGGACACGCCAACUGUCUGAAACUGCAACUGGAGUUGUACAGCUUGCUUUAGGCCCAGAAUCAUCUAUUUCAGUUGGAUGGCAAAAAAAGGAAGAGAGAAAUUCUGCUGCUGGAGAACUAAAGUUUGGCACAGGUUCUUUUGGAGCAUCAGCUCAUUAUACUCAUCGUUUUUCCUCAAAAUCUCAUGGUCGAAUUGCAGGCAGGGUUGGGAGCACUGCUCUUGAAAUUGAAGUUGGUGGGGGAAGGAAAUUAUCCAACUUCAGCACUGUGCGAAUGUUGUAUUCGAUAGGAAUUCAGGGUAUCUUUUGGAGAUUUGAAUUGCAUCGUGGGGGGCAAAAGUUAAUUGUUCCAAUUUUGCUUUCAAGGCAUUUAAAUCCUGUCUUUGCAACUGGAGCACUCAUUGUUCCAACAUCAGUUUACUUUCUACUCAAGAAAUUCAUUUUCAAACCAUAUUUCUUGAAGAGGGAAAAGCAGAAGGCCUUAGAGAAUAUGGAAAAAACUUCUGCACAGGUUAAAGAGGCAAGAGCGGCAGCAGAGAAAGCUCAGCAGUUACUGCAAAAUGUAGCAAAUAGGAAAAGAGAUAGGCAAAUAGAAAGAGAUGGACUGGUAGUUACUAGAGCUUUAUAUGGAAAUCAAAAAACUCUGAAGAAAAGAAAUGAAUCAACAGAAGCAAACAAUGAAUCAUCUUCACAGGUCAUAGAUGUUACAUUACCUCUGAAUUUUCUAGUCAGCGAUUCUGGGCAACUUAAGCUUCACGAAGGAGUAAAGAAGGCGGGCAUCAUGGGGUUUUGCGAUCCAUGUCCUGGAGAGCCUAAGCAGUUGUACGUGGAGUACACUUAUGGUGGUGGGAGAUACGAGGUGCUGGUUGAUGACUACGGCGAGUUGCUAAUACCUCAGGAAGGGCACAGAAUCUAAAUACCAUUCAUAAUAUUUGAAGCAAAACCAACUCCUAGAGUGACCUCUUGCAAUUUUUGCAUGUUUCUCAUGCCUUUAAGGGGUACCUCAAUUAGAAUUUUUUUCUUUUUUCUUGUUUCUUUUUUUUUUUUUUUCCCCCCAAUCACACAUUAUAUUCAUUUUGUCCUGGAAUGUUGUGUUUAAUAAGUUACUUGAAGGACAAACUUUAUUUCUUUUCGGUGUGUUUACUUUGCCAGUUAAAAUAAAAGUUUGUCCAUAGUUGAUGCAGUGUUCUACCGAUUUCUA